AUGUAUGUAUUCGUGUGUAAAUAAAUAUCAUGACGUCAUAACAUGGCUGUCUUAAUUUUUCGGAGGAGGAUGUGAAACAGAACUAUUUUGUAAAUUUCAACAUUACAUAGAUAUCCUGAUAGUUAUUAUCAAAUAUAUGAAUUAAAGGUCUACUUUAUACAUAACACUUAUAAGGAUUGAUUUGUUAAAACAAUAAUCAUGGCAAGUUACGGUAGAGGUUCGUUUGACCAGUUUUCAUCUUAUCAAGAUACUGGAUCUUCAGGUGGAAAUGAUAGUACCAGAUUGGCACAGUCUGUUGGAAACAAUAUACAGAAAAUAUCUCAAAAUGUUAAACAGUUGGAGAAGCUUGUUCAGCAGAUUGGAACACCUCAGGAUUCUGAGGAAGUGAGAGACAGAGUUCAUCAGGUUGUACAUUCCACCAAUGCCAUAGCUAAAGAUACAAAUAAAGACAUGCAGACACUGGCACAUCUACCAGCACCUGCUGAUACCCAACAAGCGCGGCAGUUAAAGAUGCAGAAAGAACGUUUAACUGAACAAUUUAGUGACAUCCUAAAGAAUUUCCAGACCAUUCAGAGGACGGCAGCAGAAAAAGAACGCGCCAGUAUUUCCCGAGCGAGAGCUGCGUCCAGUUCUAACUAUAGUCAACAUCGAGGCCCGUUAAUAGAUUUCUCGUCUGGUUUUGGUGAUGAGCCACAAGAUGACCAGUUUUCUAAACAAGGGUAUUCACAAACAGCCCAGGUGUUACAGAUGGAGAAUGAUGUUGACCUUGAAAUGAUUCGGGAGAGAGAAUCAGCCAUUAAACAGCUGGAGAGUGACAUUAUGGAUGUUAACCAGAUAUUUAAGGACUUGGGCAUGCUGGUUCAUGAACAAGGAGAGGUCUUAGAUAGUAUAGAGGCGAAUGUAGAACAUGCUACCAUCCACGUAGAAGAGGGCACAAAACAACUGAGUGCCGCCAGAAAUUACCAGUCGAAAGCUAGACGAAAAAAGUGUUGUCUCAUAGUAGUGUUGUUGGUUAUAUUAGCUAUUGUUGGUAUAAUUAUAGCUGUCACAGUAUCAAAUAAUAAUUAGAGUGAAAGUCUCAAACACGUAAGAAGCGAUGUAUUCUCGUGAUAUUUCUGUCAGUGAUCAUUAUCAUCGUUGCACUCAUCAUCUGGUUAGCAACCAAAUAGAAUGUGCUUGACAACGCAAACACAUCAUCAUCCUCCUUGGUUACAGUUGCUAGGAUACAAACAUGCCUGUUGAACAAACAAUAUUCAGUACAUGUAUAUCAUUAGUGAAUCAAGGAUAUGUCCCAGAAACUGAUUUGUGUUAUAUUUAUUUGUUAAUAUAUAUAUGUUACAGAUUAAAUUAAAUGAUUCUUUAUGAAUUGUUGUUACAAUAAAAAAAAUAGUCACAUUGGGUUAUAAAAUUAUGUUUAACAUUUUUCAUAAUUGUUCAUAAUAACACAUGUCAGCAGCACACCUCAAGAAGAUGAUAAAUAAUCAAAUGAUUUACUAAUAUAUCAAAAUCUCUCUUCAAAUACAUAAAAUAAAAUAAAUAAAUAGAAAUGUCACUUUAAAAAGUGCAUAUUUUUCAAUUUAUUACUUUAAAAAACAGACAGUUAUUUUUUUUAUCUAAAUAUACCUUCUUUAAAUAUACUAUAAAUUGUCUUUUCUAUUUUUUUUUCUGCAGUUACGUUAAUUAUGCAGUAGAUUAUGCAAAGAAAAUACAUGUUUUACUGACAGUUUUGUCAACAUUCUUUCUUGAAUUAAGUGGUCAAUGAUAAUGAACAAAUGACAUCAAUAUUAAGCAGAUUAUCUGGAUUAUGUUGAAAUUAAUAUAUAGAAGCUACUGAGAAUAUUUAAGAGAGGAACAUUAUAUAAGUUUAUGAUGGCAAUAUUGGUUUUACAUUUAUUGUUAAUAUUAUUUUGAUUUAAAAGUGAAAAUCUUUAAAGAAAUUUAUAGAACUUAUGUCCGAGGACAGAAUUGUUUUAAGACAUGUAUACUAAUAGCUGUUUAGUAUGAUGAAAAAGUUUAUCACAGACCAUUGCCGAUUUUGCAACUCCUCAAAAAAAUGGUAUUUUACAGCCUUGCAUAUAUUUUUGACAUGACGUCAUUUGCGUUAUACAAACAUGGUGUAAAUAGUGCGAAAUGUUAGCGUUACAUUGUAGGCGUGUUAAUGAAAAAUGAUCUUUUUUCACUUCAAACACUCUUUAUUUUUGGGUAUGUGAUAAAUAGAAUAUUAUAUUUGAGAAGGUCCGUUACUAAAUUUAUUGAAGUUGUUGAACAAAGUCAUAUGCUCACCAGGGGCUAUAUAUAUAAUUUUAUUCAACUUGUCCAAUAAAUUCAGUAUUGAACCUACACUGAUUUAAUAUCAUCUAUUUAGGGCAUUUCAUUUUACCAGUCUCAUUGAUGAAAGGUUGUGAGAUAUUCCUACACUUGUUUAUAAAAUAUAUGAGCCGCGUCAAGACAAAACCAACAUAGUGCGUUUGCGACCAGCAGGGAUCCAGACCAGCCUGCGCAUCCGCGCAGUCUGAUCAGGAUCCAUGCUGUUCGCUAUCAGUUUCUCUACUUGUAAUAGAGUUGGUAAGCGAACAGCAUGGAUCCUGAUCAGACUGCGCGGAUGCGCAGGCUGGUCUGGAUCCACAAACUAUGUUGAUUUUGUCGUGAUGCGGCUCAAUUAUAACAAUUAUUCAUUUAAACUUUAUACAUGCAUGGUAGAUUUCACUAAUGGUAAAAAAAAAAAAUAAUAGCAAGGCCCUAAAUUUUUUUUCUUUCUGGAAGAUGAUAAAGAUAAAUAUAUAAUAAUGUGACUAAGUUACCACGACAAUGUUCUUCUAAAUAUUGAUGACAGUACUAUGUGUUCUUAUUCUAGAGAAUGUGUCACUGUAUGUGCACAUUAUCAUCUGUGUACAUUGUUACUAAAUCUGUACACUACAGUGUGCAUAUAUGUACUGUUAAGUGUUCACAUUAUUAUUUUAUUAAGGAGAUAACUUUUGAAGUGUACAUGUACAUUAUCAUGUGUAUUGUUUUACUAAAUGUGUACAUUAUCAUAUGACUAUGUGAAACUGUGCAUACACAUAACCAUUCAUAUAAGCGCUAUUUUGUGUACAUUAUGUUAUGUAUUUGUACUCUGUACAUUAUCAUACAUAUGUGCACUAUUAUUCUACAUUAUCCUAUCAGUAUGUUUAAUCUAUAUGUACAUUAUCAUUUUAUAAAUGAUAAGAAUGUAUGAACAUUAUCGUGUAAUCACACAUAUAUGUGUGUAUAUUAAAAUCAGUUGUUUUUUUAUCAUACAUUAUUUUUUAAAACUUUUGUAGCGGGGACUUAUGUAGUCAGCUUAUUUGUACAUGUGAUUUAUUAUAAAGAUAUCCAAUUAUAUGACAUUUGUUACAUCCAUCCAAUAAAGUGGUAUUUAAAUGGCAUUAAUUGUUUUUGAAAGUGGAAAUGAACAUGUGAAUCUAUUUAACCAUUAAAAUGCAUGAAUAAAAAAAGAACAUUGUCACCAGUUUAGAGCCUAGGUAGACUCGUGUACAUGUAGAGUGAACAAGCUUUAUCUACCAAUUUUCAAAGUUUUAUUUUAAUAUUUCAAGUAAUUGAUAAUGAAGAGAUUGGUGAAAUGGAAGUCUGGGUAGGUGUGUUUAAGAAAUUCAGCAAGUGUUAAACUUUGAGAUGUGUGUAUUUUACAUGUACAUGGUAUGACAGUAGCAUCACCAUUAGGUAUAAAGUCUGGAUUUGUGUGUUGCCAAAUUGUUGUUGUCAUGGUAACUUGAAAAAAUGUUACAAUCAUGUAUUAUCAUUUUCAACUGAAAAUAUAAUUUUAAGAACAAAUUUGUUGCAGAAUAGAUUACUUUAGCAAUUUUAUUCUUUAGUUUGAAAAAAAAAAUGCACAGAAGCUUAAAAUUAUUAUUUAGUUUUCUUUUCUUUUUAUUCUUUUGUAUUUAUUAAUUGGAUACUAUGCUUACAUAAAACUAUGCCCAUAGGUUGUAUACUGUAUUAUGUUAAUAUAAAUAUAAGGACCAUUUUUAUUUACUAUAUGUUAAAUGCACGACUUUAUUAUAAUAUCAAACAUAUUUCCAUCAUCUUAUAAUGAGACACAUAAAUUUUAUUUCUUUGGUGGAAAAAAUAGAGUUUUAAAAAAAUGGAAAUUCUUGCUAAAAUACUGAUAUAGUAUAUAAUAUUUGAAGAUACUCAAUUGCCUCCCUUGAUGCUAGAAAAAUUAUCUUUGACUUAAUUUGUAUUCCUUUAGGUUCCUUAAUUUAAAAAUGGUUAAUUCAAAGGACUGGUAAAUAAUUAUUAAGAUGAAAACAUUGUAAAUUUUGUAUCAAGUUAAUUUGUUCAUGAAUGGAAGUGUGAAGAUGCAUAAUAAAACUGUCUAUAAGAAUUUUGCCUUGUUACUUUAAGGUGAUAUGUAGAAUAUCUGACAAAAAUACAACAAAGAUAUAAUUAGAAUCAUCAGAAAUAAAAUCUGUUUGUCAUGAACUUUAUAAAAGCUGGUUCAAAUUAUUUCAGGCUUUUAUCCUACCAGUCCAAAUGCAUACAAGUCUUAUACUAUUGGUUACUAUGUUUUAUCGUUAUUUGUCCAAAAGUCCCAAAAAUAUGUAUUUAGUUUGUGCAUAUGAUUUAGUUUUUGGCAAGUCUUUUACGCCAAUAAGUGUGAAAAAAGUGUUAAAUGUAUUUAUGUAUAUACAUGUAAUAUGGUAACACAAGUUUACCCUGAAAAUGGUUAAACAAGAUGAACAAAAUUUUGAAAAUAAUACCACGAAAGUUUUCUGUCAAUAUUCAUGAAUAUUUAUGACAUACAUAAUUAAAUGCAUGACACAGUGGUCAUGAAUAAUUCAUUACAGAGAAAAUUGUACAUACGGCAUAUAUGUAUUGAAAAAUUGUAUCAUAUGUUUAUAUGUUUAUGUAUUUACUGUUAUAUUAUUUUCUUUAUAACUAAAAACACUUAUGUGCAAUGCUUUGUUUACUCUUUAUUUAGUUAACUUGUUAGAUAAUAAUAUUGUAGUGAAAUUAUUAAAGGGACUCCACUGCUGUUUAAAAGCCUAAAAACAUAACAUUUGAAUUUCUUACAUAAAUAAGCUGGGGCACUUUAAGCAGAAAUAUAUGCAAAGAUAGAAAUAUACUUUAAAAUAAAUUAAAAUCGUAUUUUUAUGAUUUUCUUAGCCCAAUUUGAGUGAAAAGUGUUUAAACGCUUUUCAUUUUGGGUCAUUUUUUUACAAUUUGAAUAAUUAUUCUGGAAAAAUGAAGUGCGCAAAGAUUAGUGGUCUAAACCUACAUCAAAUGGUACAUUUAUCUGGAAAAAAUACUUUCAGUCCCAUCAUGUCAAAAAACCUCAGUGGAGUCCCUUUAAACUGCCGUUGGUAAAUUAAACAGAUGUUAGUUUAUUAACAAUAGCUAUUAUUUUUCAUAAUGUCUGUGAAAUAUGGGGUUUUGUCAGUGAGAUUAAUAAUAUCUGUCAUAUUUUGCGGUUCGGAUCGGAAUAUCCGUCCCUCGGUGACCCGCCCAUUGGGCGGUAACGAGGCUUGCCGAGUUACCGCCCAUGGGCGGGUGACCGAGGGACGGAUAUUCCGAUCCGAACCGCAAACAUAUGUCAGAUAUUUUUUCUUGCAUGCUCUACCAUAUUCCAUUAUAUUUUAAAGUCUUUAUCUUUAUUUUCAAUGAAAAUUUAUAGCAUUAAAACCGUAACUACUUUCAUUCAACAGCGUAUGAAUUACAAAAUCAUUCAUAACGGUAAAAUGCGUCAUCUUUAUCGUGCCAUUGUACAGCACGCGACUCAUCUGGAACCCCCCAUGCCAGAUGAAAUUUCCGGCAUGGGUAAAACUAACGGAAACGCCAGUCUGAUAUGCAAGAAAUUAUUUAUCUCAUUCACUGUCUACUAGUUAAUGUGAAAAAUUAUUUUUUUGUUUAAACUUGAAUUUUUUUUUGUGAAUAUAGAAAAUGUCUCAUUUGGCGUUGAAAACUGUUUCCUUGUGAUACAUGUUAAUUUGACAUAUGGCAUGAACAAUUAUAUCUUCUCAGUGAGAUAUAUUUUCUAUUUCAUUGGAAAGAAACAAAAGAGCCGCGUCACGACAAAACGAACAUAAUGGGUUUGCGACCAGCACAGAUCCAGACCAGCCUGGGCAUCUGUGCAGUCUGAUCAGGAUCCAUGCUGUUCGCUUACAAACCCUAUAACAAGCAGAGAAACUGAUAGCUAUCCAUGCUGGUCGCAAACGCACUUUGUUGGUUUUGUCAUGACACGGCUCAUAUGAUAACUUGUGUGACCUCUACAAUAAAAGGUCACAUACAUGUAUAGAUAAGACUACAGUCAAGUUAAGAAAGCAAAAUCCAUAACAAAAUUACGACUCAUUUUCUCUCUGCGAAAGAUUGAUAUAGCAAAUAUUUAUUAUCAAAUUUUAAAUAACUAUUACUUAUUAGGGGUGUACAUUAUUUAGAAUUGAGAGAUACAUUUCUUAGUUAACAUGAUAUAUAUCUCUGUUUAGUGAUAUAAAACUCUUAUUUAGUGAUGUUAAAUCUCUUGUUUAGUGAUAAAAAAAUCUCUGUGCUAAAAUGAAAAGAGUGUACAAAUGUUUUUGUGUCAUUUUAUCUUUUGUUAUGAGUUUGUUAUUGAAUUUUAUUAUGUUAGAUUUAUAAAACUAAAGGGCAAAUGUCUACUUCUUUGACCACAUUCCAUUUUGUCCUCUCUCCACAUAGAACACCAAAUGUUAUUUUGAAUGAACCAUAGAAAAUUUAUUCUGUCUUGUAUCUAAAUACUACCUACAUUUUCAUCUAAACUCCGCCUUCAUUUUUAUCUAAACCACGCCUUCUUUUUGUCUAUAGACCGCCUACAUUUUGUUAUACGUUUGUUAGUGUAUAGGAAAAAAGUCGAUAAUUGAAAAUAAUUGAUAAAUGUCUGGUAGAAGUCUUUUUUAUGAAAUUCCUCUUAAAUAACUUGUAAAGUUCUUUACUUAGCAUUCAAGUUCAAAGAUUUCCAGGAAAGACAUAGUUUAGAUUUCUAAAAUGGUUGUAUAGUCUGAAUAAUAGAGAUAUUUAAUUUACUUAUUUGAUUUAAUUUAUGUAUACAUGUAAGUAAAAUCCUACAAUAAUGAUGACCUUUACAUGAUCUUACAUGUUGAAAUCUUGUUGCACAUGUGAUAACUUUGUUUAAUUGUAUAACUUCGUCUUUAACACCAAGUAAAUGUAAAUGCAUUAUUCGUCAGUUUAAGAAAAAAGUUCAUUUUGUAAUUUAAAUUUUGCAACAAAAAUUUUUAUUAAAGGUAAAAAGUUCUUAUACUUAAUACUAUGAAUAGAUUGUCUAAAAUACCGGGUAAAUAGAAAUAUAAAUAAAUAAAAGCUUAUCAUAUGAAACAGAUUUCAUUACUUUUGUCUCUCUAUUAAAGGGAAGUAAUAAUUUGUGAGGUAAAGUAAAUGUUUUCCUGAGAUGUAGCAGUUAUUUCCCUUGUUUUGAAUUAUACUUAACGGGUGUAUAAAUUAUGUUGUUAUUUCAUUAAAAUAAAAUGGACAAAAACUGCUUUUUUCCUGACACAUUAAUAUAGAUGGAUAUCGAGAAAUAAAAAGUAUAAAUUAUCA